AUGGUGCUGCAGUGGAAGGAGUUUGGAAAUGUCAUGCUGUUUGACCCCAGGAUGAAUGGGCAGGCUGACGAGGAUGGUCAAGCUGAUGUGUUUAUACUCAUUAGAACUGAGAGGAAUGAGAAGGAAUUGUUUAAGCCUUGUUGGGUGUUAACAUAUGCUGAAAGGAUGUUACCUCUUACGGGAGAGUCAGGAACUCUGGGGAACCGUUUCCAAAUAAGCAUCUUCCCGUUUCAGCAGGAGAUGAAGAGGAAUUUCACCUCCCGAACCGCCACCACCCAGACUGAGGAACCAGACAGCCGUAAACAAAGUGCAAACCAGAAGGUAGCGGACAAGCCCAACACUGGCAAGAAACAGGAAGAGAGUAAAGAGCAAGGCCCGUUCUUCUACAUCGGAGGCACUAAUGGAGCUUCACUAAUUGCAGACUUCUGCAGUAACAAGGGGUGGAAACAAAUCUCGGACAACAAUCGAGAUGACUACUACUUUAAAUGGUCCGAUAUUAACCCACUGGCCAACCACAAGUUCCAUGAAGGUAAACAGUUGCUGAACCAAAUCCCAAACAACAAAGUUCUGACCAGCAAGUUUGGCCUCUGCUCUUCCCUCAAGGACAAUGAGCGUAUAAUGAAUAAGUAUGGCAGAAUCAUGUUUUCAAAAUUCAUGAAACUGGAACAGUUUUACCCUGAGACUUACCGAAUGGAUAUAAAAAGUGAACGCUACACUUUCUACCGAGCCUUCCAAAGUGGGCAGAUUUGGAUAUCCAAACCUGCUGAAUCGUCCCAAGGGAAAGGAAUCUUCCUUUUGAAGACUCAUGAUGACGUAAAAGCAUUUCUUAAAAAAUUGGAAAGUGUGGAGGAGAAUCCCUAUAUCCGAAUGUGUUUCUGCAACUCCCCUAUCAAUAGAAUCGUGCAAAGAUAUGUUGACGACCCCUUGCUCCUUGAGGGGAGGAAGUUUGACGUUCGUUCCUACUUCCUGAUCGCCUGCACCUCACCCUAUAUGACCUUCUUUCGCCAUGGUUACAUCAAACUGACCUGUAAUGAGUACAAUCCAGAUUCGGACGAUCUGACGGAUCACCUGACCAAUCAGUUCAUCCAGAAAAAGAACGCCAAGUAUAGUGAGAUGAAGGAGGACACGAUCUGGUCCAUGGAACACCUGAACGACUACAUCAAUGAGAAGUACAUGGAGGCAAAACGACUCCCGAAGGACUGGGUCUUCACUGUCUUCACGAAAAGAAUGCAGCAAAUCAUCACACAAUGCUUCAUUGCAAGCAAAGCCCGGCUGGCUAGUAAACUGGGCUACUUUGACCUGCUGGGUUGUGACAUUAUGAUUGAUCAGAAUUUCAAGGUCUGGUUGCUGGAGAUGAACUCAAACCCAUCUUUGCAGAGAAACUGUGAGAUCCUCAAAACUGUCAUCCCCAAAGUAAUGAAUGAAGCUCUUGAUUUGGUGCUUGAAAUAUUCAGAAAAUCUUCCAAUGGAAUGUGUAUCUUGCCACUUGACACACAGAAAGAAUUUGUCCUGUUGUAUAACGGCUCCCCCAAGGAGCCAUUUCUGAAAUCAUUUAAAGACAAGCUAGAAUACAAGAUAUCAGAAAGAGCAACAAUUCUGAAACGUCCUCAGCAUUCCGAGAACAGACCACAGCUAAAAGUUGUGACGAGCAUAGAGUUGAUGACAACAACGGAUCCUAUCUCAAUUCAGACAAGACUUGUACCCAAUUUUACCUCACUGAUCCAUCAAGGGCAAUUGCCACAACAUUUGCGUUCUGCCAGGAAUAGAAGCAACAGUGACGUCCCGUCUCGUGAUCACCAAGCCGGAGCCUCCUCAGAUGAACAGAGUCAGCAGAAGCCGCUCCAGAGUUAGGUCUAUCCAAGCGGAGGACAAUGGCUCCACAGUUAGGGCCAGCAGGCAUUAAGCAACAUUCUGCUGGCCCUCACCUGCGUAAGAGUCUGCAGGACAACCUCCUCACGUUUAACGCUUCCUUUCAUCUCUGAUCAUCACCAGGAACCAGCUUAGUUCCAAGAAGGUCGUACCAAAAGGAACGGAGAUGAAGAUUGACUCUAAAGCAUCCACACGUGACCUGGCACUGUCAACAAUGGCAGGGAGUGCUCUUUUUACAGUAAUGUCGAAAUUAAAAUCAAAUGUUUUCAUAAAAUGUUCUGAAUGUUUAAUUAGCUUUGCCAGAGGUGAGUCAUAGACUAUUCCAUGUUUGACAAUGUGAAGUUAAAAUAUCCUUUGGGUGCAUUAGUUACUCAUUUAUAAUGAAUAAAAGUGGUGUUUG